UACUUGUUUUUAAAUGAUUUAAUUUUAAUAAUUAUUUCUAGUUUAAUUUUAAUUGUAUGUGUAUUGGUUAGUAUUGCUUUUUUAACUUUACUUGAACGUAAAGUAUUAGGUUAUAUUCAAAUUCGUAAAGGUCCAAAUAAAGUUGGAUUUUUAGGUUUAAUUCAACCUUUUAGUGAUGCAAUUAAAUUAUUUACUAAAGAGCAAAUUUAUCCUUUUAUAUCUAAUUUUAAUUUAUAUUAUUUUUCUCCAAUUUUAAAUUUAUUUUUAGCUUUAUUUUUAUGAAUUUGUAUGCCUUUUAUUUCUAUAAAUGUAACUUUUAAUUUAACAUUAUUAUUUUUUUUAUCAGUUUCUAGUUUAAGGGUUUAUACAAUUAUAUUGGCUGGUUGAUCUUCUAAUUCUAAUUAUGCUUUAUUAGGAAGGUUACGUUCUAUUGCUCAAACUAUUUCUUAUGAAGUAAGACUAGCUUUAAUUUUAUUAUCUUUUUUAUUUUUAAUUAUAUCUUUAAAUAUAUUAGAUUUUAUUAAAUUUCAAGAAUAUAUUUGAUUUUUUUAUUUAUUUUUUCCAUUAUGUUUAAUAUGAAUUGUUUCUGGAUUAGCAGAAACAAAUCGUACUCCUUUUGAUUUUGCUGAAGGUGAAUCAGAGUUAGUUUCAGGUUUUAAUGUUGAAUAUAGAAGUGGGGGAUUUGCAAUAAUUUUUUUAGCUGAAUAUGGAAAUAUUUUAUUUAUAAGAAUAAUAUGUGUUUUUUUAUUUUUGGGGGCUAAUUUAAUAAGAUUAAUAUUUUUUUUAAGUUAGGAUUAAUUAGAUUUUUAUGGUUGUGAGUUCGUGGGACACUACCUCGUUAUCGUUAUGAUAAAUUAAUGUAUUUAGCAUGAAAAGGUUAUUUACCUAUUUCAUUAAAUUAUUUAAUAUUUUUUUUUAGAUUAAGUUUAUUUUUUUUUAUCUCAAUAAUUUAG